GCGCGCGCGGGGCCGCGGGUCCCGGCCCGCCCCGCGCACACGGACCGGGACCGGGAUCGGGACCGGGAUCGGGACCGGGACCGGACACGGACCAGAACCGGGACCGCACACAGACGGGAUCGGAUACGGAGCGCACACACGAGCCGGACCGGGACCGCCCCGCCGCCGCGCUGCCGGCUGCGCUCUCGCAGUGCGUGCGCGGCGGGGGGCGCGCAGCCCGCAGCGAUGGAGCCGUAGAGCGGAGCUGCUGUGGAGCUGUCACAGAAAGUGAAAGAUGAAGCCUCUUGUUUUCUUGGUUCUUGUGAUCUGUACUGUAGUCAGCAUGAAUUUGAAGCUCGUGUCAAAGAGAAAUUCUGUUGAUGGUUGCAUUGACUGGUCAGUGGAUCUCAAGACAUACAUGGCUUUGGCAGGUGAACCAGUCCGAGUGAAAUGUGCCCUUUUCUACAGCUAUAUCAGAACUAAUUAUAGCAUGGCCCAAAGCACAGGUCUUAGGCUUAUGUGGUACAAAAACAAAGGAGAUUUAGAAGAACCCAUUAUAUUUUCCGAAGUUAGGAUGAGCAAGGAUGAAGAUUCCAUAUGGUUUCACUCGGUUGAGCUGCAAGACAGUGGUUUCUACACAUGUGUUCUAAGAAACUCAACAUAUUGCAUGAAGGUGUCCAUGUCCUUGACAGUAGCUGAGAAUGAAUCUGGGCUUUGCUACAACAGCAAGAUCAGAUAUCUGGAAAAAUCAGAAGUCACUAAGAGAAAGACAAUCUCCUGUCCUGAUAUUGAGGAUUACAAAACAGCUGGUCAAGAGCCAGAUGUGGUGUGGUACAAGGAAUGUGAGCCAAAAAUGUGGAGAAGUGUUGUAAUUCAGAAGGGAAAUACUCUCUUAAUUCAAGAGGUCCAGGAAGAAGAUGGAGGAAAUUACACUUGUGAACUAAAGUUUGAAGGCAAGAUUAUACGAAGGACGGUUGAAUUGAAGGUUACUGCUUUACUCACAGACAAACCUCCAAAGCCAUUGUUCCCCAUGGAGAACCAGCCAACUGUUAUAGAUGUCCAGCUGGGAAAUCCACUGACUGUGGCCUGCAAAGCUUUCUUUGGAUUCAGUGGAGAAUCAGGCCCCAUGAUCUACUGGAUGAAAGGGGAAAAAUUCAUAGAAGAGUUAGAAGGUCACAUUAGAGAAGGCGAAGUCAGACUCCUCAGAGAACAUCUUGGAGAAAAAGAAGUUGAGUUGACAUUGAUCUUUGAUGCUGUAGAGGAGGCAGACCUGGCUAACUACACGUGUCACGUGGAGAACAGAAAUGGACGGAAACAUGCCAGUGUUCUCCUGCGUAAAAAAGAUUUGAUCUACAAAAUAGAACUUGCUGGAGGACUGGGAGCCAUUCUUCUUCUGCUUAUUUUGCUUGUGACCAUCUAUAAGUGCUACAACAUAGAGUUAAUGCUGUUCUACAGACAGAACUUUGGAGGAGAUGAAGCAGCUGAUGACAACAAAGAAUAUGAUGCUUAUCUUUCAUACACCAAAGUGGAUCCUGAUGCAUUAGAUCGUGAUAAUAAUGAAGAGGAGCAGUUUGCACUUGAAAUUCUGCCAGAUGUUCUAGAAAAGCACUAUGGAUAUAAGCUCUUCAUUCCAGAUAGGGAUCUGAUCCCUAGUGGAACCUACAUUGAAGAUCUCACAAGAUGUGUUGAGCAAAGCAGAAGACUCAUUAUCGUGUUAACUCCAGACUAUGUUCUCAGGAGAGGAUGGAGUAUUUUUGAGAUGGAAAACAGACUCCAUAACAUGCUAGUCAGUGGAGAAAUCAAAGUUAUUUUGAUUGAGUGUACUGAAUUAAAAGGGAAGGUGAAUUAUCAUGAAGUGGAAUCAUUAAAGCACACCAUCAAACUUCUCUCAGUGGUCAAGUGGAAAGGACCAAAAAGCAGCAAACUGAAUUCUAAGUUUUGGAAGCGCCUGGUCUUUGAGAUGCCAGGGAAGAAGAAGGAGGUGGUGUCUCGGCAUCAGGUGCUGGAUUCUGCGGAGCAGGGUCUCUUUGGGGACCUGCAGACCGUGCCCUCCCUGGCCGUGUCUGGCCACCUGUGCCGGGGCUUCGAGCGCGACGGGCCCGCAGCCGCGCUGCCCCUGCCCUCCGUCAGCCAGCACACGUACUGUAACAUCCCCCUGAGCCUCCUCAACGGACAGCUACCUCUCAGCAGCGCCAGGGAGCCCCAGCAGCUCCCCAGGAACGCCCCGCUGCUCCCCUUGUCGGCCAAGGAGCUCAGCUUCACCAGUGAUAUCUGGUAGUGAGACGCUUCGUCUGUACAGAGCUUUGCCCUGCCCGCACGGGGUGAGAAAACUUACUCAAAGCAGCAGCACACUUGUUUGCUUUUCUACUUGAACUUUUUUGUUUACGUUUACAAAUUAUUGACGAAGGGGGCAUUCUUUUGUAACUCAGUAAUGUCCUUCCUGUAUUUUAAGGUACAGUUUUAUUGCUUCUUUAAAAAGGAGGGGGGAGAGAAAAAACACAUCCCGCCACUUCACAGUAGGUUUACAGUCUGGGAUGGAUAAAAGGUCACUGUACACGAUCUCCAACAUCCAUACAUAUUUCAGUAACAGUAUUUGGAAUGCACAGAAGUUGUUGGGUUUUUCAUAUAGACUACAGUACAGUUUGAAAUUCUAAUCAUGCUACAAAAAUUAUUGUCUCCUGCACAGACCACAAGGGGUGAAUCAUCUUGAAAAGGAAGGAGAAGGAAACCUUCCUGGUAACAUUGUCUUGCAAAUACUUCUUAGAAGAUGCCCAGCUGAAACAAUGCAGACAAAGCUUUAUCAAUAAAGUGCAUAGUAACAGUUACUACAAAAUAAAUCACCUGCUCCCAUCGGCAUCUCUUCAUUUUAUUAUUGAGGCAUGUUGUAUUCCUAGUCAAUGUUUAGCAAUGUGGUUUUAUUAAACAACUUACUAGAAUAUUGGAAGAUACUUAGGAGGAUUUUAAACAAUUUUUCUGUCAGCUAUAGAUUAUUUCACAGUUUUUUGCAGAUUUUUAAUGACUUUUCCUAACAGUUUAAGUAUAAACUUAGCUGUCUAUUGGCCAAUUCAUUAAUCUGAAAUUUCUUAAGAUCUAAGAUUUGUAGAAAAGUAAUUUUAUGUAGGAUUUUUUUUUUCCAAAAUCAGUAGUUACAAUUUGAAAUUAACCUUUUUUUGUGAGAACAUCAGCAAUAGAAAAGAAGUACUACAGCAAUAUUCAGAGAUUAAGUGCUAAAUUAUUCAUUAUUCAGGUUUACUAUUAAGUCUGACUUACUACAGUGAUAAUCACCUGAAGCAGUUUUCUCUCUUGUUCAUCUACCUGCCAAUUGAUGCACCUUUUCAAUAUGGCAGAAGCAGGAAUAUUUCUGCUGACUGUGCAACUAGUGAAAAAUGAUAUUUUUAAGCAACUGGCAAGGUCUUGCAUUUCACGUUUGUGUGACUGAUCCCAUCAGUCAAAUAGGAUCCUGUCAUUUAGCUCUCAUGAAUGGCAUUCCUGCUGCUGGUGGGUGAGGAUUGUUACACAGGUGCUCAGCAUCAGGUGUUGCUGCUCAGCAAGUACCAGAGUGUUUCAUGAGAUUUCCACACUCAGCUGGGUAAGAGUUGCAGAGUCAGGCUAUGGAGACAACCAUAAUAAAGGAAAAAAAAGCUCUAAAUAAUGAAGGCAAAAGCCAGUUUUGCAGGUUUUGACAUGGCUCUAAUGAAAACACAGCAGACAUGAGAGUUUUGUCUCAGUAAGAUCUGCAAGUUCCCAAAACUAUUUUUAUAAGGCAGGCAACUUUGCCUGUGCUUCAGUAUGUCUUUAGCAUUGUUCUCUUUGAUUGCAUGAAUAAAAGUUAGCACUCUGCACUCAGCUGCCUGUGGUUUCAUCAGCAAACAAGUUCAGUAAAUCCUUGACAUUUUGCUGUGGUUCCUAAAUUGUACCCUACAGUCAAAUGGAAACAAACACUGACCUAAGACUUAAAAGUAUCCAGAACUGGCCCAAAGGCCAUGAAAAUGAUCUCAAAUGUGCAAUAAUUCAUAGAGGUCAGUAUUUUUCCAUUCCUUCUUUCCCCCAUUCUUUAUUCUGUGCCCUCCUUCACCAGUCAUUGUCUGUAAGAUUUUUCAUUAGGUUCUAAAUAAUACUUGUUUCUCUCAUUUUUUUCUAACAUUAUUAUGCAUUUGACACUAACACUGAAAAUGGAAAUCUAGAAAAUAUAUUAAUUUAUUACACAGUAUAGAACUAUAACUUGCUCUUUUGUGAAGUUAAGUUCCAAACAUAGGUGUUUAAUAGACGUAUUUUUCUACUGAGAAAGAAAGCAAUUUUACCUCCAUUAUAAAUAUAUGUAUUUCAACUUCCUCCCAAAAAUUUACAAAAUUUGCACUGUUUUAUAAGUGUUACAGACUGUGUUUACACUGGCUAUGUUCUUUAAUGCAAAGUGUAAUUAAAAAAAAAGCAGAAAAAAAUCCUAAAUGAAAACCCUGCAUGAAAAGAGCUGCAUAUGUUUAAAUGAAAAGCUGUACUUUUCAUUAUUUUCCUUCCCACAUUACUCUAGAAUCUGAUUAAUUCACAUAGAAUGUUCAGUGAGAUUUUAAACCUGCUAGUUCUGUAUUAAGCAUGCAAACUCAAACAAAAAAAAGAAAAGAAAAAAAAAACAUGCAGGUUGGUCUGCUUCUUUUAUUUACCAGGAUUUCAUAUUGGUAACAAGUUCAUUUACCUGAUGAUAAUAUGUCUCAGAGCAGUAGUUAUUCUAAAGCAAAAUGCAGUCAUGUUUGUAUUGAGGAAACAUGAAAAGAACAGGUUUUCAGUCAUUUUGCAAAAGAACAUUGAGUGUCUGUGUAUUGACAUCUUUUAGUUAUAGAUGCCAAGUCACAAUCUGCUUUAAGGCUUCUGAGUGUGUAUUGAGAACUAUGACAAUAUAUACAUGAACCAGACCUGCCUG